AUGCUUCCGACCGCUGUCAAGCGAAAGAAGUCACAUUUUGGAUGUUUGGCCUGCAAAAGAAGGAAAAUCAAAUGUGAUGAGACGAAACCAGUCUGUGGAAAAUGUCAGAAUCAAAAGCUAGAGUGUGUCUACAGUAGACAAUGGUCCCAGAAGCUAAGGAGAAGUACACCUCCAGAAACCAGUCCUGGAUCAAUCUCGUCAUCCUCAUAUCAGGAUUCGUUAGUAGAAACAGAUGCAAUCACACAAGUUUCUGCUGAUAUAGAAGUAAGACUCAUGUUCCAAUGGACUGCAUACACCUGGAAGUCUGUGAAAAGAAAUGAUGAUACUUUUCAAAGACUGUUACCAUUAUAUGGAUUCAGAUACCGAUUAUUACUAGAUUCACUGUUGCUUUUUUCAGCAGCCCAUCUCAAUCACACUAGUCCGAGUGAAAGACUACAGCAGGCCAUAGAAGUGUACAAAUUGCGAACUAUAGCCGGAGUACGACGGGAAGUGGAAAAUGCAGUAAAUUGUGGAAAACACCGGGUGGAACUAGCAUGGUCGAGUGCAUUACUAGCGGUAUUCUGGCUAACGUGUGAUACCGACACGGAGUUCACAGGUCUCAAGCACGGUUGGCGUCCAUUAUUUCGAGGAAUGGGGAGGAUAUUCAGCGAGAUCGUAGAUUCAGGGCAAGGCAUUAUCAGAUAUGAGAAAAGAAGGAUGAUAUUUCCAUCGGGAAAUAAAUAUCUACCACUUCUCAAGGAUAUAUACAAAGACAGGGAGGAUGUGUCACCAGAAAAAUCCGAGAUAUACGAGCAGACAGUUACACGACUAGUUCAAUAUAUAGAGCAUUUGACGGAAAACCCCGAAGACCGGCCAAUCAGAUACAUUUCGCACUGGAUUCUGACAGCAAUGCCCGACGGGUUUCUCCAGCAAAUCGACGACUUUGACCCUGUGGCACUGACAUUCCUCGCUACAUUCUUUUUGGUAGCUUCGUCACUGCCAUUCUGGUUCCUGGGGAAAUACUCGUGGAAACACCAUCUUCGAAUCAAGGCCAAAAUCCCUUCAGAAAUGCAUCACUUUCUCGAGCCGUCGUACCUUGGGUUGAACCCACCUGUGUUCGAUGAAACCCCUGCUCCCGAAGCCGAGUUUGAACGAGAAUUAGAGCUAUAA